GGGCGACCCGGGGGCUGGGCCGGCGGGCAACCGGCGGCUGGGGAGGCCAUCGCCUCCCUGGGCCUGCCGGAGUGGCUGCCUCCGCGAUGCCGCUGCUGGUUGAGGGGCGGCGAGUGCGGCUGCCGCAGUCUGCUGGAGACCUCGUCCGAGCCCACCCGCUUCUGGAGGAAAGAGCCAGACUUCUCAGAGGUCAGUCUGUUCAACAAGUGGGACCCCAGGGCCUUCUGUAUGUUCAGCAAAGAGAGCUUGCAGUGACCUCCCCAAAGGAUGGCUCCAUCUCCAUUCUGGGUUCUGAUGAUGCCACCACUUGUCACAUUGUGGUCCUGAGGCACACAGGUAAUGGGGCCACCUGCUUGACACACUGUGAUGGAACCGACACCAAGGCUGAGGUCCCCUUGAUCAUGAACUCCAUAAAAUCCUUUUCCAACCACACUGAAUGUGGAAGGCUGGAGGUGCACCUCGUGGGCGGCUUCAGUGAUGAAAGGCAGUUGUCACGAAAACUAACUCAUCAGCUUCUUAGUGAAUUUGACAGACAAGAAGAUGACAUUCACUUAGUGACAUUAUGUGUGACAGAAUUAAACGACCGGGAAGAAAAUGAAAACCACUUUCCAAUCAUUUAUGGCAUUGCCGUCAACAUUAAAACUGCAGAGAUUUACAGAGCCUCCUUCCACGAUCGCGGGCCGGAGGAGGAGCUGCGUGCUGCACGCGCUUUAACAGGAGGACCAAUGAUUAGUAUUUACGAUGCAAAGACAGAACAACUUCGUAUAGGGCCGUACUCCUGGACGCCAUUUCCACAUGUGGAUUUCUGGUUACAGCAAGAUGAUAAGCAAAUAUUAGAGAACCUUUCCACGUCACCUCUGGCGGAGCCCCCCCACUUUGUUGAACAUAUUAGGUCUACCUUGGUGUUUUUAAAAAAAUACCCAUCUCCAACAAACACACUCUUUCCUGGAAAUAAAGCUCUGCUCUACAAAAAAAAUGAAGAUGGCUUAUGGGAAAAGAUCUCUUCUGCAGGGAGCUAAAAAUAGGAAAUUACCAAAGCAACUUUUUGGCAUGACAGAGACUAUUGGUGGGGGUUGGACAGAAUAUGAAUUUGGAAUCCACAUCUGUUGAGUCUUGGUGUCUUUCAGAUGACUUUCAAAAUAAAAUCUUAUUUUGGCAAAGGCA